ACCAACAUCGUACCGGAUUCCUCCAAAUCGAGUGACCUGGAAGUGAAACUAGACUAAAGGCCGUAUCUCGCUUUGUUUUGACAGACCGUAACAACGCUGCGAUAAAAACAGGGUGGUUGCAGUAACAGCGGAGUAGCUAGCUAACUUUAUCAAUCGGGGAUUUUACCCCUUUCCCCCCCCCAAUAAUAACGUUAUAUCCAUCAUAGAAAAAAUGAAGGGACUUGCGAGGUGCAUUUUGACCGACUAAAUUAUUUGAGAAGAAUGGAAAGCAGGUGCUGAGAGGAGCAGGGAACAAUGUUGUUAUAAGCGAGUUAGCUAACGUUAGCUCAGCUAGCUGUUAGUUAACUACAUCAAGUUAGUGGGCUGAGUUAGCCCGGCUAACUCAGCCCACUAAUUUAAAUAGGCACGCACAAUAUUCGGCUUUGCUGCCUAACAUUAGCUGCUUGGAAAUAUUUGCUUUGUGACAUUUUCCCCCCAGUGAAACACUCAGCGUUUAACCCUUAUUUCUGCUUUUUACUACCGUUAAGCUAGCUAGCUAACCAGCUGUUAAGAUCAGCGCUGAACUCGUUGCUUCAGUCUUGCUGUGGUGUCACUGCAAUCUGUUGGCUGCUGAAGUCAUUUUACAAACAUAGCUUUACUGCUGUUGAACUGGCAGGCGGACGACAGCCAUGGCCCAAGAAGCAUUUCCUCUGCAUUUUCUAGUCUGGAACAAUCAGUACCUGGAGCUUGAUCGGGAGCUGCAGAAGAAAGAGCUCGUGUGUUUUUGUGUGCAGCAGGAUGUAGACCGUCUGGAUCCGAGGGGGCGCACCCCGCUGGAGCUGGCUGUGUGUCUGGGCCACCUGGAGUCCACCCGGGUGCUGCUCAGGCACUCUGUAGACCCGACACACUGCAGCGCACAGGGCUGGACCAUCUUGCAGGAGGCGGUGAGCACCGGGGACCCUGAGCUGGUCCAACUGGUACUCCAGUACAGAGACUUCAAGCGUGCGACUGAGAGACUGGCGGGCAUCCCAGAGCUGCUCAGCAAACUAAGACAGGCGCGGGACUUCUAUGUAGAGAUGAAGUGGGAGUUCACCAGUUGGGUGCCCCUGGUGUCAAAGGUGUGUCCCAGUGACGUCUACCGGGUCUGGAAAAGCGGCUCGUGCCUCCGUGUGGACACCACCCUCCUGGGCUUUGAACACAUGACCUGGCUAAAAGGACGACGCAGCUACAUCUUCAAGGGUGGAGACGACGGGGCCGUGGUGAUGGAGGUGGACCAUGAGAAGCAGGUGGUGUACACAGAGCCACUUGUGUUGUCUCCCCGUGACGCGCCCUCCCUACUCGCAGCCAUGCAGCCGUCGCAGGAGAACACAGCUCAGAGACUCACGUCGCCCAUCGUCUCCACGCACCUCAACACACGCAACAUUGCCUUCGAAAGGAACAAGUCGGGAAUCUGGGGCUGGCGAUCUGAGAAGAGUGAGGUGGUCAGUGGGUACGAAGCCAAGGUUUACAGUGCCACCAAUGUGGAGCUGGUGACUCGGUCAAGGACGGAGCAUCUGUCAGACCAGGAUAAGUCGAGGAGCAAAGGCUCAAAGACUCCUCUGCAGUCCUUCCUGGGGAUUGCUGAACAACACACAGCUCACAAUGGGAGUAAUGUAUCCCAGUGUGCCAGCCCUCACAACCCCACGGCCAUCACAGCCGAGGAGUAUUUCAACCCAGAGUUCAACCUGAACGGCCGGGACAUCGGACGUCCCGUCGAGCUUACCAGCAAAGUCCAGAAGUUUAAAGCGACCCUGUGGUUGAGCGAGAGUCACCCUUUGUCCCUGGCCGAGCAGGUGACACCCAUUAUCGACCUCAUGGCCAUCUCCAAUGCCCACUUUGCCAAGCUGCGGGACUUCAUCACGCUGCGCCUGCCGCCAGGUUUCCCUGUCAAGAUAGAGAUUCCCUUGUUUCACGUGUUGAACGCUAGAGUGACGUUCAGUAACCUGUGCGGCUGCGACGAGCCUGUCAGCUCUGUGACUGUUCACCAAACCGAGAGCUCCGAGGAAGCUGGUCAGUCUCCCACUCGCUUCGACUGUGAGGUGGACCCCUCGGUGUUCGAACCACCCGCGGACUACACCACCCUUGGUCCAGGCCGCAGCGAGCCGAUGAGGGACGAGGAUGACAACCUGCUGCAGUUCGCCAUCCAGCAGAGCCUGCUGGACGCCGGCACAGAGAGUGACCAGGUGACCAUCUGGGAGGCCCUGACCAACAGCCGCCCUGUGCCCCCGAGUCCACUGUAUGAGGAAGACUCUCAGUUGGAGAGGGCAAUCCAGGAGUCCCUGUCCAUCUCACUGGUCAGCAGAGAGGGAGAAGACAUGGCCGACCCCAGCCAGCCCUCCUCCGUCUCCCCGCUGGACCCCACCGCCAACUCCCCACUCUCCUACAGCGCAGUGACCGAUCCGCGGCUGUCGGUACAGUUUGGUGUGGCGUCGAGCUUCGACGAGCAGCUGCGUAUGGCCAUGGAGCUGUCGUGCCGGGAGCAGGAGGAGAUGGACAGGCAGCAGAAGGAGGAAGAGGAGGAGCUAGAGAGGAUCCUGCAGCUGUCACUCACCGAGAAGUAAUGUCACAAUCAGCACAAUGGAGCGACGGUCUUCAUUGGGGAACAAUCCUCUUAAUUUAUUCAGUUUUAUUUUUUAAAUCCUGAGAUGUUAAGUUAUUACAGAUACUUUAUUUGUCUUUCUCACAUGAAGGCUGCUACGACAGAGUGUAAAGGACCAGAAUAUAAGAAGUGUGAGUGAAACGCAGGCGGGAGGUGGAAACAGGUACUCUUAAACACACUACAGUGAAGGAGGAGACAAAAGGGAGAUAGUUUUCUUUAUUUUCUUUUUUUAUUGAACAUUUUUCACAGUCUUGCUGUCUUUAUCAAGUGAUGAAUGAUCCUUAAACUUUAAUCCUACAGUAUAACAUGCUCCAUGAUAAUGAUGAAAAUUAAGAAAGUACAGUCUUAAUGGAAUAACUUAAUAUAAAAAUAUGAUUAUAACAUUUGAAACAUUAUGUUGGCUUACUGCUAUGUGUGAAAAAUAAAGAGUAAUGAUCAUCCUGGA